AUGCGCCUGGUUAGUCCAGUGCUUUGCUCUUGCGCUCGCGCCGGGCGUCGGUUACAGGCUCCGCCAGGAGCUGCAUUCAGAGCAAGCGGAAGCUUGUGCGCCGACCAGACCCGCGGAGGUUCCUUCGUACCGGGAAGGAAACGAGCAGUUGCUCUCACCCCGUGUCUCGCAAAUGCUCCGACAGCUGGACCCCUCCAGGCCUAUGCUAAGCUAGUGCUUAAGGGGGAGAUACUAGAAGACAGGCACCAAGUGAAGGCACUACGCUUGCUGCAAACGGUGAGGGUCGUUCGGCAAUUAUGGCUUUGCUCUUUUGUGAACUGGUUCAGUGCUGCACGACAGAAAAAAAAAAAAAUGGCGGAGGAACAAAAAUUAUCGUUUUACACAGAAAAGCAGCGCGACCGGCGUACAUCCACCGUAGGCUAAAGGUUUACGGCAGUAGACUAUUCUAGUAGCUACCUAGGGAACCAAGAUUUGCCAAAUUCCGUCUACUGUAGGCUUCAAACUUGUCGGCGCAACACGCAGCCCCUCCCCUAACAAAAUGUGAGACUCCUGUCUACGCGGCGCAACCACCCUGCUGUGCACUCGCCAAAGCGACCAAGCACAAGAAUGCGCCCACUACAGCAUCAAUCGCUACCAACUUUUGAGGGAAGAUGGACUGAGCACCAUAGAGUAUAUUGCAGAAGGGUUGAACUUGAUUGGUGGCGGGAAUCAAGAGGUAGACACAGAUGAAGUUGAAAACUUGCAUGAACAUACAGGCACCAU